GAGUGGAUUUCCGUCCGUCGCUUCCGAUUGUUGCCAGAUUUAGGCCGUAUCCUAAGAAUGAAUCUACAGCAAAUGGUUCUUAGCUUAGGCGUGUUCACAACGCUUCUACGCAAUAAAUGCUACGGCGAUGACGAUACGGAACACGUCCACAUCAAGCUCCAUGUCCCGGAGAUCAUCAAUCGGCACGUGCACGUCAAGACGAAGUUCAUGCACGUGUACCAUCCGAAAAAGAUCGUCCACGAGCAUCCACCGGCUGCCUUCAUCGAACAGCCGAUGAUGGACCACGGCAUGUGGAUGCCCUCGGCGGCCAUCCCGACCAAUCUAGCCACGUCCCCUGCUUCAGCCAUUUCGUCAGCAUCCUCCUCGGCAGGACCGGCGAUGGUGGCCGCCGCUGCAGCCACACUCUCGUCGAUGGUGCAGAAUAAACUGUCCUCGCAGAUCGCCCAGGAGCUCAUGAUGCGUUACCGGAACCACAUGGACUCACCUGCCAGCCCACUGACCACCGGUGCAUCAAGUGAUCUGGCCACCGAUAGCGAGUACCUGCGCGAUUACUAUCGGCAGCAGAAAAAGUUGUCCGAUCAGCUGAUGAUGCAAGAGGCGUUGCAGCUGCCGAACUUUGCCCAGACCAAGUACCUCUCGGACAUCGGUUACAACAGUUGGGACAAAUCGUUCGGCGUGAAACCGCGGAGCGAAAGUGAACCGUUGUCGGUGAAAAAGUCCAAAAAGAAAAAGGCGUACGGGAUGAUGUAGGAAUUGUAUGCACUUUACUUAGGAUUAGGACCUGCCGCGGCUAGAACAUAA